UUGUGACUGUGGGGCCAUGGCUGUGCAGACAGGGCUUAGGCUGUUGCUGGUUCUGUCUGUGACUGCGGUCACAGGGCCACAUACUACUGCAGAGGGAAAGCUGGACCAGAGCCAGGACAUGACCCCAGUCCAUCCACGGCCAGGUCAGUCACUUCCAUACUCGGACAGGCACGAGCCGUGUGUUGAGAAGCAGCCGCGCUUGCAUGAUGCUCUGACUGACUUCCUACUUGCUUUGCAUGAUGGCUGGAAUAAGCAGAGUGAGCUGGGAAAGGAGGAAUUAGCUCAGUUUGGAAUUUGUUCAGAUUCUGAUGGUGUACAGCAUCAGCAGUUUUCAUCACUACUAAUGCUGGGUCAAACGGCACAUAAAGAAGACAGUGGCCCAGGAUAUUUUCACACCAAAAAAGAACACUGGAAUGUUGAUGAGAACGGAAAAUUCACGUUGACCCUUCACCUCACAAGACCAUGCAAGGAUUAUCAACAAAGCAUGCUGUCCUCCAUCAUGCUCCUGUUCUUUGUGGACACCAUUAACACAGAGGGGUUAAACAUAAAGUUCAGCAGUCAUGCCCUUCAGCCAAACAAGCAGACAGUGUGUGUUUCUAAGGGGACACAGUUCAUAGUUCUGCCAGUCGGCCAGGCAGAGAUCUUCAGGCAUGGUCACCUGAAGCUGAAAAUUGUUGUGGAUUCUCAGGAUGACAGUGAGUGGAAAAUGGGUUUGGCCGACUUUCAAGCCAUCAUGGUGAAGAAGGACACCAGAACCAAUAUUCCACUGAGCCCAGUGGUUCUUUUCUUUACAUACAGAACUACAAGUGAACUACGUCCAGCUCCUUCAAAUCGAACGUUCUUCUUCCUGUGUGAGCUCCAGAGGUUUCUGAAUGAAAUCCCCCUUCAGAGAAAUCCAGCAAGUCCAGCCCAGAAAGGGGCCCCAAUCUCUCAGAGUGUUCUUCACUCUCUGCCUCCUCUGACUCUUGGAGUGUCAUCAAGUGAGUCUCUUCUUCUAGAGCUGAUUAAUUCCUCCAGCCCGACCGUCUUCUCCUUCCCCCGCCACAGUCUGGGGCUGCAGAGCCACCGAGUGGAGCUGGACCUGAACCCAGAGCUGCUGUCUGUACUGAGGCUGCGGCUGGACGAGUCCUUAGCUCAGGUCCGCAAGGAGGAAGCUGGACGCGGUGUGAUGGACAAACUGCAGAUUCUCACUGCCCUCACUGCUCUCCCUGAUGGAGAAGAAGGAGCAGAAACAGGUUUGGAGAACCCUCAUGAGGUCCAGUACAGGGCAUUCUUGCUGCUGAAGGCAUUACAGACUGUGUUGGGCACGUGGGCAGUGGAGAGAGCACAGCGGGCCGCCAGAGCUGACCAGGUAGGCCCAACGAAGCCGAGUCAGUGUCGCCUUCAUAGCCUUACUGUAUCUCUGGAAAAGUACUUGCUCGAGCCACCUUCAGCCAACAUUAACAACUGUGAAGGACCGUGCGGUUUCCCACUGACCAGCGGCACCAACCACGCUAUCCUGCUGAACAGCCACCUGCAGAGCGGUCAGUCUCUGAACCGCACACUCUGCUGUGUGCCUGUGGACUAUGAUGACCUGUGUGUGAUUGAAGUGGGCAGUGAGGGCUCCAUCAUCUCUUACAAAACAAACAUGAUAGCCAAACAGUGUGAAUGUCGCUGACAUGCUCAGAUUGCAGAACUACAGGCAAAAGUUUGGAAGCGAGGAGUGAUUUACUGACAUAUUAUACAGGAAACGCCUUCACUGUCUUUGUUGAUAAGCACUUACACAGACCCGUUUUUAGUUAUUUACAUAUUCCUAAUUUAACACACCUGAUGAGGGCUGUUUUGUCAUUGCACAGUUCAGUCCACUUGCAUUGCUUGGCCUGUUUUAUAAAGCUCUGGGUACUUUAUUAACUGUAAAAAUAAUAGAUUUCUCAAUCACCAAUAUCAUUGACAAUGACAGCCCUAUGAUUAAUGAUACCUGAUUUAAUUAAUCAGGCCUUCGGGGAGAGGAUUUUUGUUUAUGUUUAUCUGUUGUUUAUAUAUACAUUCUCCAAGAUAUGCAUGUGUUCUGACAGAGACCUCACAAAUUAGUCUAUAUUGCAUUUAUAUUUACAUGUAAGCACAUCUUUAUCCAACCACAAAGCAGUUCUGUACUGCAAUGUUUUAUGCAGAGCAAUGAUAUACAGUCCUACCAAACAAGAAAAGCCAGGGCCAGGAGACUGGACCUUUUCUGAAACUAAAAUACUAUUGACAAAUACCAAUUUGACUAAGUAGGAUACUUGUGUAGGCAAUUCAGCAAUGCAUGUGUCUGUGUUUAUAUCAGUAAGUGGCUAGAUUUUUAAAAAGGAGUGUUUUGAACGCAGGAGAGGUGGAGUUAUCCUUGUGCUUCUGACAUGCUUAAGUAAUGUCAGUAAUGUCUCAAGUAAUCUCAAGUAAUGUCUAGACAUGACAUAACAUGUCUAGAAAUAAGCUAUAUAACAUUAUAGUAAGUACACAACCAUCUCAAAAAGGGAAAUAUUAGAUAUAUUGACUAGAUUUAA